AUGUCACUUCAUAGUGAGCGUUUCAUUUACAUUAUAAAAACGUCCAUAUUUAAUUUUCGAGCGAAUGUUACGCUGAAAUUGAGUCUUAGCACUGAUUUCAGCACAGAAUGCGACGAUACUGUUUACAAAGUUGUAGUAUGCGCUGGAGAAUUCACUAACCAAUGUCAACUAGUUGGCCCAAUAUCUCGUUUUAUGCAAACAACUUGUGCAUUUCAAGGACCGCCAGAAUCAAUUAGCUUCCUAAUCUCAUCUGUAGAAAGUCCAAUUGAAUUAAAAGUUACAGUGCAAAAAGUAGGUGAACCGAAAAUUCAACAACUUCGUAAUACUGAAUUUCGUUUACCGGAAGAAAAUGAAUUAGCUGUCACAUCAUCUGAUCUUUCGUUGAUAGUUCGUUUUCAUGUCGCCUAUUCAUGUUUACCAAACUAUUUUGGAAAGUUUUGUACAAAAUUUUGCGACAUUAAAGCUAUGGAAUAUCGAUGUGAUCAUCUAGGAAAUAUGUUAUGCAAACCAGGUUAUUACAUGGAUCAAAAGCUACAACUAUGUCGACUGGAUCAAUGUGCUAACUAUAAAAAUUAUUGUUUAAAUGAUGGAUUAUGCAUGAACAAUCCAAAUGCGGAUGCCAAUGAUACACCAUUGUGUAUAUGUCCAACUCAUUAUAAAGGUUUACGUUGUGAGUUGAAAAAUCAAAUGUUUACUAAUCUGCCUCCUGGGAGCGUUAACACGCCUCGAUUAAAAACCGAUGAAUUCAACAAAAAUAAUUCAGUUCAACACAAACCUUUAUUAAAUAUUACUACAACUACUACUGAUAGUGUACAAGUAAAACCUAAAGAUAUUGACAAAAAGCAAGAAACUAAACUACUUAAUUCCAAAGAUAAUUCAUCCAUUUCAACACAAUCAAUUCCAAUUACUCAACAUUCUGUAAACUCUGUAACUAACAAUCCAUUAGCAUUGAGUACAUCACCGAUUGCAUCAUUCACAGAAAUAGUUGUACCAAUGAAAAAUUCAAAAUAUAUCAUUGGACAGAAUUGGAGAAAAAUUAUUAUUAUAUCUUCUGUUGGUCUAGCCCUCAUCAUAACUAUAAGCAUAGGGUGUAUUGGAUUAGUUUUUUGCCUAAUGCGUCGUAAACCGAAAAAAACGGAUAAAAAAUCUAAUAUUUCUAGUAUAAUUACACAAGAUUCAGGCUGUAAUUAUAAAUCAGCCAGACAAUGGACAUCAAUCGAUCCAUCCUCACCAAAUGGUCUUAAUUAUCAUGACAGUUCCGAGUAUAAAAUCUUUUCAGGAAAUACAAUUGAUGGUAUGAUUGACACAGGUACUGUCUAUCCGAUACCAUUUAGUGAAUCAAUGUUACAGGCAAACACUAAUAUUGAUGGGAAUUAUGGUAUGUAUGAUUUUUCUUCUACACAAAAUUAUUAUCAAAAUCAACAUCAAGAACAACAACGCAAUCAACAAGCCUAUCGACAUUCUUCCCUUGGUACAACAGGAUAUCAUGGUGAAUAUUUACCAGCAAAUGGAUUUGCCACAAUGCCAAAAAAUCUAUAUUUAUCUAAUCGUCAUAUGACAUGGCAUGAUACAGUAAAACAACCAUCAUGUUGUGUAACUUCAGUGCAACAAUUACCACUAGAUAAACAUAGUUUUAAUGAAAAUGUUGACAGUUUCAAUGGUCGAUCAAUGAUCAACUUAAACACUUAUCAUCCAAAUGACCCUUAUAAAAUCAAUGAACACUCAAGGUUCCCUGUAAAUCUAGAUCAUUCUAUGAUGACAAAUAGUAGUGAUAACAAUAAUAAUAAUCAUAAUGACAAUAGUUCAAAAUAUCUACAACCUUCAUAUAACCUUUUAUCAUCAUCACUGCAUGAUGGUUAUGUAACCAAUGGAUAUUUUGAUCAGUUGCUUAAUAAUAAAGGAAGAGAUUACACUAACCAGAAUGAUAAUUAUAUCACAAAUGAAAAUAAUAAUUAUAUGUUGUAUAAAACAAUACAAGAUACAACAACAAAUUUAAAUUCCAAUGAUUACAAUCAAUUUCCAUUGAAGACAUCUACUCUGCCACCGACUAUCUCAUUCACAUCAUCAUUGAAAGCACCACCGGUAAUUCAAGCAAUGCCCCUGUCCCCACCUCCACCUACACAAUUUUCUGAUUUCAAUCAUUAUUAAGUAGUGUUUUACAUGACAAUUCAAAGUAUAUUGAUUGUAACAAAAUAAGAAAUUGUAAAUGAUAACUAUAUUCGUCAAUGAAUGACGAACUGUGUUUCUUCUAGUGAUCAGCUUACUGAUUGUCUCGCUUGCUCCAAUUUAAUUAACCGUUUUUAUGUACUUUUUUUUAGUUUAUCCUAUGUAUAUUAUAUAGGAUUUCAUUGGUUACUUAUUUUAAUAAGAUUGUGUAUAUCAACAAAUAUUGGUUAAUAGUGAUAUUGAAUAUGAAUUAUUUCAUUCUUCAUAAUGUUUAAUAAUGUAUAUUUGUUAACAAAAGAAUUCAAUAG